AUGGAGAAAAAUGCUUCAAGUGAAAAUGAGAAAAAACGUUGUAGAUAUGUUAGAACCGGAUGUCAAGCAAAGCUUCGAAUACCAAGACAGGAGGAUGGGAAAUGGUUGGUGGACUCGUUUAAUGACACACACAAUCACGACUUGACCAUGACACCUACGAAGGUUAUGAAGCAUCGCUCUCAUAGCAAUUUUCACCGUUCAAUAGAAGGUAAAUCUCUUAUGGUGCAAUUUGGUCAAGCGGGGUUGAAACCGUCUCAGAUUAAAAAUGUUGUUAAUAUGAUGAAAACCUCUAAUGUAGCUGAUGUCACUUCAAAGCAAUGUGCUGAUGUCAUAUCUGAGCAUCGAAAACAACAUAGAGGAAAGGAGUUAUAUGGACUUAUAAAACAUUUUCAAGAUAAAACAUCAGUUGACAGUGACCAAUAUUUUAUCGUGGAUUUGUCUGAUGAUGGGUAUCCUAGAAAUAUCUUUUGGGCUAAUGGUAGAUCAAGAGAUGCCUAUACAAAAUUCAGAGAUGUUGUUUUUGAUGUCACUUAUAUGGCUUACAUAUUCAAGAUGCCUUUUGCUCCCUUUACUGGGGUUAAUCAUCAUGGGCAGUCCAUACUUUUUGGUGGAGCAUUGCUUGAAAAUGAAAAGGAAGAGACAUUUGAAUGGUUAUUUGAACAUUUCCUCAAAUGUAUGUUUGACAAGUAUCCAAAGGCAAUUAUUACUGAUCAAGACAAAGCUAUAGGCAAUGCAAUAAAAAAAGUGUUUCCAAAGACUCGGCAUCGCUUUUGCUCAUGGUAUAUCAGUAAACAUGAAACCGAGUACCUUCGAUCGUAUGUUUCCCGUUACGGUGAUUUUCAAGAAACGCACAAACAAUGGAUAAAUAGUGACACCAUUGAACAAUUUGAAGCAAGAUGGGAGAUUAUGCGUAUUAAGUAUGUAAUGGAAAAAAAUUGUUGGAUUAGUGACAUGUAUAACCAACGUAUACAUUGGGCUAAACCCUUCUUGAAGGAUAUUUUCUUUGCUGGUAUGACCACAACCGGACGAAGUGAGAGUAUCAAUUCAUUUUUUGAUGGAUUUGUUAACUCAAAGACCAUGUUGAAUGAAUUCGUUGUACAAUACGACAAAGCAGUUAAAUCACGAAGGGAUGACGAAGAAGAUGAAGACUUCAAGACUAUGAACUCAAGGCUAGUUCUUUCUUCAGUGCAUCCAAUCGAAGCAAAAGCAGGUCAAUGCUAUACAAGAAAGAUGUUUGAUACUUUCAAAAAGGAAUGGACCGAAGCUAUUACCAAUUUGACUCAUGAGACUCUAACAAAAACUACAUAA